AUGACUGGUGAUAAAUCUGAGAGUCUACUAAUCAGAAAUUAGGCUAAAUAAAAGGUAGUCCCUACAGAGGUAAAAUAUAUAGGCUAUUACAGGGAGAUAAGUGUCUUCUGAGGGUCUUUAGGACCAUAAUGGUGAUUUAUCGCUUGUAGAGACUCCUGAGGUCCUCUCUUUUAGCUACAGCGUUCAAAUCCUGGGAAGCUCCACCUCCACAACCACCUUUUAUGUUAAUUUCAGCGUGAGCACGCACUGGAGGGAGCCGCCGAGUGCUGGAUCUGUUGGCUGCCGCCUUCCUGCUUAAUGUGGAUGAGGCUUAGGACAGACACAACCUGCCGCUGAAUCACCGUCGGGACUUUUUGUGAACGGCGUCAUGUGCGUAUAAUGUCGCCGCUGGGGACGCGCAGCUGAAGGUGAAUAAUCGUGGAUCCAGCCGGUAGUUACAGAAGAGGUGAACGCACCUUGCAUCCAGCCAUGGGAGGUCAGAUCACUAGAAAUACCCUCUACGAUUCUCUAAACGGGCCGUUCCCUGCCACAUCCCACCGAUGCCACCACAAGCCCAAGCGCUGCCUGCCCAUACAACCAUGUGGAAAUUUGUCCUCCUUCCCUCUACUCUUCCACCCCAGCACCAAGGGCUCGCAGAUCGUCAUGGACAUGUCCCAGAGGACUGUCAAGAGACAGGCCAGCUUCUGUAACGCCAUCACCUUCACCAACAGACCUAUCGCUGUGUAUGAGCAAGUUCGCCUGAAGAUCACUAAAAAGCAGUGCUGCUGGAGUGGUGCUCUGCGUCUUGGUUUUACAUCUAAAGACCCAUCGAGGAUCAACCCAGACACUUUGCCAAAGUACGCCUGCCCGGACCUGGUCUCCCAGAGCGGCUUCUGGGCCAAAGCCUUGCCAGAGGAGCUCUCCAAUGAGGGACACAUCAUCUCCUUCUGGGUGGACAAGAAGGGCCGGGUGUUUUACCGAAUCAAUGACUCCAGCCCAAUGCUCUUCUUUAGCGGGGUACAUGUCUCUGAACCUCUGUGGGCUCUCAUAGACGUCUACGGCCUCACCAGGGGCGUCCAGCUGCUAGACAGUGAGAUGCUCCCCCUGGACUGCCUGCGUCCUCGUUCUUUUGCUGCAACCCACCGGGCCUCCAUUAACCAUAACGGCGACGACCCUCGCCUUUCCAUCAGCCUGUGUGACCUGAGCCUGCAGCAGCAAGAGACGCAUCUGGAGGAAGACGAUGAGGAAGAGGAACGGCUACAACCCUUAAGCUCCACGUCCUGCCACGUGCCCCAAAACUCUCAAAACUCACAGCAGUGCUCACUGCUGCCCAGCCAUUUGGACAGUGAUCUCCACUUCCACUCUGUGCACGGCGUCCAUGUUACUGAGCUGGAUAAGCACACGGUGGCGCGGCUGGAUCACCGUGGUGACGAGAGGACGCUGGUGUUCACCAGCCGGCCGAUGCGCUGCUCAGAGACUGUGUUUGUGAAGGUGAAGGCAGGUGUCACACGGCCUGGGUCUCUUUCUUACGGUGUGACAUCAUGUGACCCAGACACACUGAGGCCCAGUGACCUCCCAUCCAACCCAGAGUCCCUGGUUGACCGCAAAGAAUUCUGGGCAGUGUGUCGGGUGGUGGUGCCACUCCACAGUGGCGACAUCUUGGGCUUUGUGGUGAACGCUGAAGGCGAGGUCAUGAUGAGCCAUAACGGCAUCAGUGCAGGGAUGCAGCUGUGUGUCGAUAACUCCAGGCCACUCUGGAUGUUCUACGGUCUGCACGGCACCAUCACACAACUCAGGAUUUUAGGCUCAUCUCCGCACACAGACCUUCGGGGCCCGUCGGUCCCCAGCUCCCCGUCCUGUAACACCCCCACAAUGCUUUGCAGCGGCAACUCCGAGCCCAACCUCAACACACCCUUGAACAUCAACCUCAAUUCAAGCCUCAAUUCCGACUACCACUCAGUCUUUUCUUCCUCCACAGGUACAACCCCGAGCUCCCCGUUCUCCAGCCACCCGGAGUCCCCUACUUUCCCGUCCUGCUCGGGCUCAUGGAGUGACGAAUGCACCAUUUGCUACGAGAAUGUGGUGGACACCGUCCUCUACGCCUGUGGACACAUGUGUCUCUGCUACGCCUGUGGCCUCAAACUCAAGAAGAUGGCUAACGCGUGCUGCCCCAUCUGCAGGAGGACAAUCAAAGAUAUCAUCAAGACCUACCGGAGCACGUAGGCUCGUGUUUAGACUAUGUGUCUCAUCGUCAGGUUCAGCUCAAGAUGUUGUCAAAGCCAUGUAAGACGUUAUAAAGACAGACACAGCACAAGUGAAAGCCCCACUUGUUCGUGUGUGCAGUCUGGCUCAGGUACUCUACAGCAGGACUCCCUCCAUCCCUUUAAACAUUUUAUUUCAAAUGCACAUCCUUGGAAAACUCACAGUAGUUCCUGCCUGGGAUAUCUCAUCAGAGACCAUCCAAAAAUACAGUGUGGUAAAUGGAAACAAAAUGUGUGCUAUUGCAGUUGGGACUUGCACCAAACAUCACAUUUUGACCCACUAUUGUCCAGUGACUCUGUGAUUUAUGCGUCUGUUGAAGUGAAAAUAGUAAUCUGAAGAGGCUCCUGUCCUACUUCCUGCAAAGUAACCCUUCAUUCUGCUGGUGAUAGCAUUGCUGCUAGCUAGUUUUAGAAGAGGUAAAACUGUCCAGAGCUGCAGAAGACAUCAAGGAGUGUCAGAGAGCACUGGGUGGGGAAAAAAGGUGUUGUUUUAGAGCAAGAACUUAAUCUGAGAGAGAAGAAAAAAAUCAAGGCAAGAUAGUUUUAUUUAAGAUUUCAUGAAUGCUUCCAGAAGCUAGUGAGGAAUGAGUAAAAAGACAAACAAAGUUUUUGUGGUGAGAACUUUGCAGCACUUCUAAAACAAGCCAUUUGCAAAUGCAUGGAACAUGUUCCUCUUGCAAUAAAACACAAUAAAAUGUCUAAAGCUAAAGAAUAAAGAAAUCCUUAAAGGAACUCUGCGAACUCUUGCGUUAUAAAUUAAGUGUUUCGUCUGAUAUCUCACUCCCUGUUGUGCUCGUGAACUUCAGGCAGGGUGAAAUUGUGUGAAGGGUAGAAAAACUGAACGUUGUCACCACAGAAGGUCACGCUUCCGGUGAAUGAGGAUGUAAAUCAGUGAAGAGGGAGAGAGAAUGUACUAUGUUUGGGAUGAAGACAGGGGAAGAAGGGGCACCUUUGCGGUGUACUCAGGCACACCGGAUACAUGAGGAGUUUGUAUGAAAGCAUGUAAAAUGCGGGACUUGCAUGGUUUUGCAUGUCCUGCUUCUUGGCAGCGGUCCCCCCCAUCUCUGGCUGCUCAGUAAGCCGGCAGGAUACUGUAAUUGGACAAAAGUCGUUCAAAUAAACAUUGGUGGGCAGGGAAGUAUUUUUAAAGUGGUGAAAGUGCAAAUAAGGAUGACAAAUCAACCACUUCAUCAUUGCCAGAAAGCCAUGAAACAGUAAGUUACAGAUGGCUUCUCUUACUUCAGGUUACACACUUCUCUUUCAUAUGUACAUUAAAUAAGAACAUGAAUAUUUGCUUUCAGUGAUGACGUAUUUAAGUACACUGUGUCUUCAAGUGGAAAAAAAAAACACUUCACAUGUGCAGUCAGUGACAAGGAUGUAGCUUGUUAUUGUGGGACAAUUUGUGAGAAUUUCAUUUGCAUAUCAGUUUCUGAGUGCUGCUCUCCGUCGGUAAAAGCAAACUCCAAGGACAUUUUCACUUGACUAAUCUCAUUCAUUAUGUACUGCUUUGAAUUGUUAAGAAAUACAAGCUAUUUUCAGGUGUUACUUUGGCUUCGCUUAAACAGUACUCAGUAAUUUGUGAAGCAGUAAUUGCCGAUUUGUUUUUUCUUUUAUGGUGUUGAAGCUUGUCAUCUUGCCGCUGUAGAGGGAAAAUUAGCAGUUGGUCGUGUAACGUUUGAGUCACAGUUAAGUUUUCUUGUGUGCCUUUAAAAAUAAAAUAAAAAAGAGAGAAGACUGGACAAACUUUGGUCUGUUGGGCUCCUUGCUGUGAAAACCAGGAGCAACACUGGGGGUUCCCAUUCAUCGUACAAUCAAGCCUGGUUGUGUCUCUGACGUGAGCAGGUAUAACCACACAACCUACCAAUACAAAGCAAAUAUUUCAGUGUGCUUAAUCUCAGUGUGUGAAUUUAUUCACUGCUAAAAUGUUUAAAUAUUGCCUUGUCCUCUCUGUCACUGCAGUUUAUAAUACUGGAAUUUUGUUGCUCAGCCUUUACAUUUCUACCUGGUUUUUGUUUUUCCUCCUGACCAAAUAUGACCUAGCAGAAAUAAAACAUUGUGAAAUGUUUUUUGAUAGAACAAUGGUAUUGAUGAGUGUAAUAUUAACUGUACAUUAUGGAGGUUUAUUUAUUCUGUCAGUGCUACUAUAAAAGAAAUAUCAGUUUGUUUAUAUGUAUGGCUAUAGUGUCCAAACAGUAAGAAUAUUGUUUAUUUUAUUGCUGCAUAGUUAAAGAUUAUAGAAAACUUUAUUUCCCUGAAAGUGUCUGUGCAUCUGUCAGCUGAUUUUCACUUAUUUGGGAAUUACGCUUAUUCACUUUCUGGCGGGGAGUCAGAUGAGAAAAUUGUUAACACUCUCCACUGUUGGAAGUACUUUACUUAAGUCCAAUUUUGAGGUACUUGCACUUUACUUGAGUAUUUCCAAAUUUUUAUUGGCCAACUUCUACUCGAAAACUAAUUUAUCUGACAGCUGUAGUUAGUAGUUACUUUGCAGAUUAAGAUUUUACACACAACACAUUAUUAGCUUAUACAAGAUGAUACUUCAUGUACAUUUUCGAAUGCAGGACUUUCAGUGGAGUAUUCUGACAUUAUGUUUUCAGCAUAUUACUUAUUAGCUUACUGAAUAAAUUUGAGAGUGGUAUCAAUCUUUUCAUCAACUCUCUGCCAGAAAGCAAAUAAGCAUGUUUCCCAAGAUGUCAAACUUUGUUUAUAUGCCAUAUACUAUCAUAGUAUUAAAAGGCAAUAGAAAGUGUAACAUUAGCAUUGGUUACUUGUGCAUAUUUAAAUAUGUGUUAUAGGCUAGUGAAUCAGGCGUGAGUACAUGGUCAUAAUUCUGGCUAUUUUUCAACUUUGACCAAAUAUUUGCAAUCCAUACAAAACUAAACCAGCAAGUAAGUGAAGGUGGGGGUUGUGCAUUUUGGACAAAAAAAUUAGCUCGCAACUUUGGUUUCUUGGGCUUGGGAUUUCUUUUAGUCAUUGAAAAACAUUCUUAAGGUGGUUUAAUUAUGUUCAGUUUGUUAAAUAAAGUUCAAGUCUGAAUCACUG